CUUAUGCUGCUGAUAGAUUAAGGUUGUGUUGCUGUGGUCACUGCACUCGUUUACCAAACACCUUACCGGCAACACAUUUGCCCAAUUGCCAUUUUUUCCGUAGAAAUGCAGAGAUCCAAUUCAUUACGAGUGAAUGGAGUCGUUCAAGAUCUCCCUAAACGAGACUUUUCCCUUGAAUCCUUGCGAGAACUGUCUUUUGCUGAAGAGUCUCGACGCUCCAAUAGACUCGUAAAAACAAGCAACUCGGCCAUUGACUCGUUUAUGCACUCGUCGAAGGGCUUGAUUGCUGUUGGCAGCUUAUUAAGUGAUUGGGGCUCACAAUCCGAGAACGCCUGUCUGAACGAUAUCAGCGACAAACUUGGCGUACUCAUAUGCGAAAUGGGCGAUUCCGAAGAGGCUUUUGCACGCCAGUUCGAAAAAAGUCGUAUCGUACUCAAGUCCAUUCGCAAUCUGGAACACAGCAUGGCACCCAUUCGACUGCACAGAGAGCGCCUGUCCUCCGAAAUAGACAGAUUGCUUGAGAAGGAGCCUUCCAACCCUCGUUUGCCCGACCUUCAGAACAGUCUUGUUCGUGCUGAAGCCGAAAACCUUGUGGGAGAGGCUCAACUUAGCAACGUUUCUCGAGAAAAACUCAAGGAAUCAUACACGACGUUUAUGGAUGCCGUUCGGGUUCGUGCUCAAAAACAAUUAACGUUGGCGUAUUAUGCUCAACAGCUUCUUGAUCUUGUUGAUGGACGGACUAUGAUACCGGGCGACACGCCGCCGGAGUACAACAAAGAUCAGGCUGAUUUGAUCAUGGACGAAUGUAACGAGUCCAUGCUCCAGUUUGCAACGCCUAAAGAGACCAUCGCUGAAGCAGCUGAACCGGAGCUGGAGAACACGACUGCCGUCACAUCCACAACCGAAGAACAAUCUGAGCCAGCACCCUUGCGUCCCACAUUGCUUUCGGAUGUGCCAGAGGAAGAGGAACCGCCCAUGUCGUUUAUACUUUCGCCAACGAACAUGUUAACUCAAACAAUGGAUGAAAACUGUCGGGUUAUGCCUCGAAACGGCUAUGGUAUUCAAACUGUGGCUGAACUGAACUACGUCCCUCAGGAUAUACAAGAAAUCCGUUAUUCUGAGGAGCCAAACGAUCAAACAAACAUCUUAAACAACCCCCAGCAACGCUUAAUCCCUCGUGGAAAGAAGAAGGAAGAAGCAAUGCCUCUUUUCUCUUGAAGAGAUCUUUUCACUCUCAAACGAAACCGUGUAUUCUUAACCCAAGCAAAACCAACCAUGGUGCUCAACUACUGUAUGAAUAGCGAGGCGUGAACUACUAAAACUUCGCAGAAAGUGCAAUGCGUAACUUGCUUGCACUUAUUUUUAAACAAAAACGAUUAUUAUUUAUUAUUUACAGGCCGUGGAAUGCAUUUACCGCUGUUACAAUUCAAUUCUAGCUGCUUCCACUUAUUUUCGAUACUCUUGUUGUUCACGUACAUCAUUCGCUGAUAAUCCUUAAAUCUUAAUUACCGACGGCGUACGCACUACAGUGGACAAUCUCUGUUCUUCUAAUGAAGCAAAACUACUUAGGUU